AUGUAUGUACUCAGUCGCCCGCAUCUGAAGGCCCCCAAAACUAAUAGUAUACAGACAGGCCUUGCAGCAUACUGGCCAUAUUGCAAUGUCGCGCGCCGGAUGAUCCAAAUGGCAGCCAGCAGCCAAGACAUGUCGACAUGGGAUUCAUUCGCAUGGAGAAGGAAGAUGGAGACCUUUGGCGGCAGAGACGAAGCUGUGGUUGCGCAGGGUGCGCAGGGUGAAAUCGAGGGUAUCUGCCAACCCGGCGAGUUAACAGACAAAGGAAGAGGGACGACAUUCGCGCUGGGUCAACGACUGCGACGCCUUUAUGUGGACCAGCUGGGUUUCAUGCCCGAGGUGAAAUCGGACGCUGAGGACAUGUAUCUGCGAACUACUCCCCUCCCGCGAGCUCUCGAGUCACUCCAACAAGCCUUCUUUGGCAUGUACCCGCGCAACGCACGAACCCUCGACUUCCCCCCCCCAGUGAUCGUGGCACGCUCCAUCUCUGAGGAAACACUGCUCCCGAAUGAAGGCAACUGCCGACGUUUCAGACAACUCGCGCGCCUCUUCGCAGACCGUGCAGCAAAGCGAUGGAACGACUCCGCUGAAAUGACCUACCUCAACACCCUCUGGUCAAAAUGGAUGCCCACCAACUCCCCCCGCGUCGCCGUCGACGCCCAUCCCCGCCUCUCCGGAAUCAACGACACAAUCAACGCAACCUACGCCCACGGCCCUGCCACAAAACUCCCCCGCGAAUUCUACGACGCCAAAGCCCGCGAAAUCACAGACAGAAUAGCCAGUGAUGAAUGGUACUCCGGGUACCAGGAGAGCAACGAGUAUCGCCGUCUCGGCAUCGGAGGACUCAUGGGCGACAUCGUUGACCGGAUGGUUAGCACCGCUGUGGAUGGGGGGUGGCGCAGCGAGACCUCUGCCUCGGGAUCGUCAGCGGAGAACGGCAAAGCGAUCAAGUUCGCCAUGAGCGGUUGCCACGAUACAACCCUCGCUGCUAUCCUGGGUAGCCUGGACGCGUUCGACGGAAAAUGGCCCCCCUUCACAUCCUCCGUUGCGAUCGAGCUCUUCACAAAGACCGAAGCCGAAUCGCAGUCGCAGUCCCAGACCAACGAUGAUGCAUCGUCGCCCAAGAAAACAUCCGGUUUCCUCUCCGGUCUCCUAGGCGGUUCUUCUGCCUCAACGCCCUCUCUCACCAAACCCUCUACUCUAUCCCGCACCCCACUCUCCGUCCUCCCCGACUCCGCGCGGAAAUCAAUGCAAGAAAAGCACUACGUGCGAGUCAGAUACAAUGACCGCCCCAUGCGUAUUCCCGGGUGCGCUACGAAGCCGGAGAACCAUCUCCCUGGUAACGAUACGUUCUGCACGCUGGAUGCGUUCAAAGAAAUCGUUGAUAAGUUCACGCCGCGGAAUUGGACGGUCGAGUGUACGGAGAACCUGGGCGAGGGAUUAUAUGGGAAGGGUGAAAGUGAGAAGGUGCAGCAGGUUGCUUAG